AUGGGGCUAAAGUUACUUAUAUUAUGUGCCCUUGUGGUACUUAAUCAAGCAGCUAAACUACCUAAAUCACAGACUGCCACAUGUUCAAGACAAUGUACAGAAUCGAAAAAAUUUGGAUACGAAACCGGAAAGACAUACGACUAUGACUACACAUCAAAGGUGUCAACGACAAUACAAGGGGCUUCCGAAGAUAAAGCGGGAAUUGACAUGGCUGCAAAAGUUCACAUCGAGGUUCAGUCAAAAUGCGAUCUUGUGCUUAAGGUUUCUGAUGUAGUACUUACUGAAUCAGACCCUAAAUCACCAAACACAAGACGCAAUGCUGACGUCACAGGCGAAUUCAAGAAAAGUCUUGAACAGAACCCAUUGAUGUUCUCCUUCCAAGAUGGCCGUGUUGAUGAACUAUGUCCUUCUAACGACGAACAGACAUGGGCUCUUAAUAUCAAACGAGCAAUCAUCUCUGCUUUCCAGAACUCUAUGGAUGAUUUCAGUCAAGAACAGAAAACCAAAGAGAUGGAUGUAACCGGAAGUUGUGAUGUAAAUUACUCUCUGGCUUCCAAUGGGUGGUACACAAUGACAAUCAAGAAGACAAAAGACACAUUAGGAUGUGUAGAUCGUCAUGGUUACAAAACAGCCAUGCAAGGAACACCAUAUAGAGUACCGUCUGAAAUCCAGUCAAUGCCAUUGGUUAAAAGCACUCACGAAUGUCAACAGGGAAUCAGUAAAACUGGUAUCCUUCAGAGCAGCAGUUGUGAGGAACAACAUGUUCUCCGACCAUUCUCCAGAGAAUCCAGAGGAGCUGUUACAGAAACAAAACAGACAUUGAAAUAUAUUACAGAGAGUCAAAGCAGAUCUACAAAAGUGUCUACUGAAAAGAGAACAACACUGGCAUUUGAGCAUGCUUUUGACAACUCCAAUUCUGCAAACGCACAGAAGGAGGUUCUGAACAAACUGACAGAAUUUUGCGAAUUAUCUAAAGAUGCCGUGAAAGUAUCCACAGCCAAACAAUUUACUGAGCUUGUCAGACUUAUGAAAACGUUAGACAGUGAUAGCAUGGAAAGUGUCCACAAGAAAGUACAUUCAGGAAAAGUAUGUCCAAAGAAUACAAAAGUCAGGAAAUUCUUCCUUGACGCCAUUCCAAUGGUUGGAACUAAAGCUUCUUUGAAAAUGAUGACACAUUUGAUUAAUACCGACGAAGUUACCGGAGCUGAAGCUGAUAUGUGGAUGACAAGUCUAUCUUUUAUUCAACAUCCAACAAAAGACAUGCUAUUGGAACUGAAGCCUUUGUUGACUAACACAAAGAACGGACAAGCCAUGCUUGCAGUUUCAUCCCUUGUGUACACCUACUGUAAAACAUCUUCCUGUGCUAACGACAUUGAUAUGGUAAACCUUGUUGCCAGCUUAGAAGACAAGAUAGGUGUUGGAUGCUAUGCAGACAAGAACAAUGUUAACAACAUUAUCCGUGCCUUACGUGCCUUUGGAAAUGCUGGUUUCUCUAGCAGUAUCACAAUGGUAAACAGUUGUUUGACGAGAAAAGAAAACCCGACAGAGGUUCGCCUUGCUGCAGCUCAAGCCUUCCGCCGAAUGGCAUGUGAUGCAAACAGAAACGAGUUGAUGACCAUUUACUUGAAUCGCGAUGAGGAUUCCGAAAUAAGAAUUGCUGCUUACCUAGGACUGAUGACAUGUCCUUCAAAGUCUAUCCUCAACAGAAUCCAGACAACACUGGAAUCAGAAGAAGUAAAUCAAGUUGGCUCCUUCGUCUGGACUCACCUUACAAAUCUAAUGGAAACAUCAAGUCCACUGAAACAAAGCAUAAAAUCAAUUUUAUCUAAUGACAUACUGAAGAAAGAAUUCAACUUAGAAAAAAUGAAGUAUUCCAGAAACUAUGAAGCUUCAUUUUUCCUAGAAAAGAUGAACACAGGUGCCGCAAUUGACAGCAAUCUUAUUUGGUCUUCUAAGUCUUUCCUUCCAAGAUCAGCCAUGACUAACCUCACCGUUGAUCUUUUUGGUCACUCUGUCAACCUGUUUGAGUUUGGAGGAAGAGUAGAGGGACUAGAGUAUUUCCUAGAAUCAUACUUUGGACCUGAAGGAUAUUUUGGCAAGUCAAAGGAUGUUGUCAAACAAUCUGUAAAAGGAAUUAGCAACAAAGCAAUGGAUAAACUGAACGAAGAGUUUGGAUCAACAAUGGAAGAGUUCAAAGGAAGCAUGUAUUUGAGAAUAUUUGGCAAUGAAUUACAGUACAUCAACACCGACGAUAUCAAAAGUCUGAUUGAAGGACAAAACUUCAACAUUCUGGAUUUCAUCAUCAAUCUGGCCAAAGAGCAAGACUAUUCUUUCACACAGAGCUUCAUGUUUCUAGAUACCAGUAUCAUAAUUCCAACAAUGUCUGGUUUCCCACUUAACAUCAGUUUAGACGGAAGUGCUACAAUUGACGUUCAAGCUUCCGGUAAAAUGGACCUUAGACAAAUUCAGUCAAAUCCCAUGACAGUUUCCAUCGAUGGAAAAAUUCGACCAAGUGCUGCUUUGGAAGUGACAAGUCUAAUGAGUGUUGAUGCCUUCGUAACUAAAGCUGGAAUGAAAAUGGUAUCUUCAGUGAACUCUGCCUCUGCUGUUGAAGGUCAUCUGGAAAUAAAAGGUGGACAACUCUUUAGUGCAGAAUGGAAGACACCAGAUGCAAAGACAGAAAUAUUUGAAGCAAAAACUUCAUUCUUUACUGUUCAUCGUGAUGAGACCCGUGAACAAAAGAUGGUAACACAAAACAGACAAACAAAGAAACUAUGCACUGGUGAUGACAUUGCACACGUGACUGGACUUGAACUAUGUGGUGAAAUUUCCUACCCUAAUGCUUCUCUAAAGGCUGAUUCUCCAUAUUUCCCCCUAACUGGACCAUUGACAGCUGGUGUUACACUCUACAAGAGAGACAGCCAUACUGGUUACAAAAUGGAGUAUAAAUUUGGAAAGACAAAAUCUUUAGUGAUUGCCAAUGUAGGAUUUAACACACCAGGGUCAAAGGUUGAUAGAGAAAUGAGACUCGGUUUCAAUCUGAAUAUGAAGAAACAUGAUAUUGAAAUGAUGAUGCUGUCACCAUGGAAAAAGGCAACCUUCAAUGGAGCUGUCGAUACCAAACAAAGACAAUUAAAUGGUAAAUUACUUAUUGACCAAUCAGAAUACUCAGUCAAUGCAGCUUUAGCUAGUCAGAAGAAGUCUUCUAAAAUGAUAUAUACACCAUCUGUAGAAAUAGUCAUACCAAAGAAGGAUAACAUUAAACUUGAUGGAACUAUUGAAUAUUUGGCGGGAACAACUUUGGAUUCUGCAUUUACCAUUCGUGGAGUUUCAAAAGAACCAAUCAACAUGAGAUUGAACAUGCUAAACAAGAAGGUUAUAAAAUCAAUCAAGGGCAGUUUUACAAUGGACAAAAAAGAAGAAUAUAGUUUUGAGACCAGAAUGCAGACACUAGUAACUAAACAAUCUUUGAGAUACAGUCCAUUUAUCUCAGUUAAAACGCCAGCGAAACUGUUGAUGGGUCUUGGCGGUUCAGUGGAAAUGAAAUAUAAAAAAGCUGCAAAGGUUGACCUGACUGUUACCGGAUUAACACGUUCUCCAAUGAAAUAUUUUGGUUAG